AAUGAAUCAAAAUAAAAUUCUGACGCAAUGAAUUAGUUUAGUUUCCAAGAAGAAAUAACAAUGAAUUGGUUAAUUUUUGUGUUUCCAGUUUUUGGAAUUUGUGUUGCUUUCAAUUUUGAAGGUGAUACUUGUUUCACUAAUGUUGUUAAUAAAACACUACUUAGGGGGCAAUGCAUUGAUAUAAACAAUUGUGACUUUGCUAAAGAAUUGUUACGUCAAGGGAAACGUCCCCAGAAUUGUGGUGUUAGUGGAAAUUCAAUAAUAGUUUGUUGUCCAACAUCACAAAAAAUAAUCCAACGUUUGAAGAAAACAAAGAGUGAAGAAAAAUGUGAGGAGUAUAACGAUAAGAGGAACUUGUCUCCUGGGAUUGUUGGAGGAGUGGAAGCUAAACCGAAAGAAUUUCCCCAUAUGACAGCGAUUGGGUUUGGUAGUGCUAAAAAUAUUGAAUGGUUGUGUGGUGGAAGUUUGAUAAGUGAAAAAUUCGUUCUAACAGCAGCACAUUGCAUCACCUCCCAAAAUGGGGUCCCAAAAUGGGUGAGAGUCGGCGAUUUGAACCUAAAAAACACCACCGAUGAUGCAAAACCGCAGGAAAUUAAAAUCGAGGAGAGUUUUAAACACCCCAAUUACAACUCAAGGUUCCACUACCACGACAUUGCUUUACUCAAAUUAAAAUCCCCGGUUAAAUUUGGACUAUACUCCAAACCAGCAUGUUUACACACCAAAACUAGGGUUUUUAGUGAACAAUUACAGGCAAUUGGUUGGGGGAAAACCGAUUUUUUUGGUGAUACUAGCAGUGAUUUGUUGAAAGUUUUUCUCAAGGAGGUGAAAUUCGGAAAAUGUGCCCGAAUCUACUCUCCAAAUUCGAGUAGAAAACUACCACGGGGUUUGGUUGAUGAAAUACAGAUUUGUGCAGGGGGGAUUGGGAAAGACACGUGUCAAGGUGAUUCCGGCGGACCGCUUCAUUUUUUGAAAAAGGGAUCUGGGUUUCUUACUGAUCAUUUUGUUAUUGUUGGGAUUACGUCGUUUGGAAAAGCCUGUGGGAUGGAAAAUAGUGCAGGGGUUUAUACAAGAGUGUCGACGUAUCGUUCGUGGAUUGAGAGUAUUGUAUGGCCUGAGUGAGGGUUUUAUUUAAUAAAAAUAAAAAUUUUUCAAACUGA